GGUUGGGUAUUAAAAAAACCAGCCAGGGCCAGACAAGCACACAUGCAGACCAUUAAAGGUCUCACAUGGGACCAGAGUUUUUCUUGGGACUGGUCAUGAAUUAUGUAUUCUCCUUCUAUUUUGCUAAAACGCUGCUUCAGUUUCAAUUAUUAAACGAGUCAAAGAUGUAAAAAUACCAGACAGCUGUUUCAUAAACUGUUGGUCCUGCAGAGAAGUUCACCAUGAUUUUUUUUUUCUGAGAAGAUGGGAGACACUGUCCAAGUCCUCCACUUGUCUUCCACUCUGAUUUGAGGAAGGGAGGARGAGGAGGAGGAGGGUGGAGGAGUGGUGCUCGAGCGCAAAGGGGGCAGGACUUUUUCUCUCCGGGUCCUAUUAAGCGCAAACUUUGUGUUUUUGUUCUCCAAGUUCAGCUCAGUCCUCUCUCCGAGCCUGUGCGCUCACGGUUCCUCCUCCUCUGCUCCCCUCGAUGGUCUCGGCUCUGCUGGCCGCCGCUGUUCUGCGCCAGGGAUCUGGACCCGGAGAGGAGAGGAUGCGCCUUCUGGGGGGACAGACGCCUGAAGUUGUGUGUUCGGCCGGCGCGCGGCURCGUUUCGGGUCGGAGUGAAGAAGAACCGCUGCGGCUCCUCGGCGCUCUGACCCCGCAGGGAGCAUCAUGCUCUGGCUCCUGCUGCUGCUGGAGGUUGGAGCCCGGCGGGUGUCCACCUUCCAGGGAUUCUUUCUGCCACCUGCGAGCGGCUCUCUGCUCUCACCCGCUCGGAGGACGGACGGGGUGGUCCGGACCAUAGACCGGAUUUACAACGGCGGGGGGAAGGUGGGCUACCUGGUGUACCUGGAUGGGAGGCGCUUUCAGCUGGACAUGGAGCGGGAUGAGUCGGUGCUCUCGCAUCAUCUCGGCCCCCAGUACGCGCUCGCGGUGAUGGGACAGAGUCCUGCGCAGCGGGAGUGCGCGUACCGGGGCACCGUGGACUCGAACCCGGAGUCUCUAGCGGUCCUGARCCUGUGCGGAGGCGGUCUGGAGGGCUUCUUCGCCGUCAACCACUCGCGCUACACCAUCACUCCGAUCAUCAGGGCCAAGGGGCACGAGCACGACGCGCGCGCCCUGCACGACAAGGACGCGGAGAGCGCGCUGCACGCGUUCACGCGCGAAAGCUUCAGCUUCGAGGCCCUGAGCGAGGGGCGCGAGAGCUGCGGCACGCGCGACGGCCGCCGAGGACGCAGGGAUGCCGGGCGGCGCGGCAAGGCGAGACGGSACGAGCACGGCGCGCGCGGGAGGAGGCGGUGGAGCCGCCUCGCCGAAGCGGCCGCGGCGCGCAACAAGAGGUCCGUGUCGCGCGCCAGGCACGUGGAGCUGCUCCUGGUGGCGGACGAGACCAUGGUCAAGAAGUACGGACGGGACCUGAGCCACUACCUGCUGACRCUGGCCUCGAUCGCCUCCAAGCUGUACGGGCACGCGAGCAUCGAGAACCCCAUCCGGCUGAACGUGGUGAAGGUGGUGACGCUCACCGGGGGGGAGAAGGGUCUGGAGGUGUCCAAGAACGCGGCGGCCACGCUGAAGAGCUUCUGCAAGUGGCAGAACCAGCAGAACCCGCUGGACGACGACCACCAGCACCACCACGACGCCGCCAUCCUCUUCACCAGGCAGGACCUCUGCGGCCACCACUCCUGCGACACCCUGGGCAUGGCGGACGUCGGCACCAUCUGCUCUCCGGAGAGGAGCUGUGCCGUCAUCGAGGACGACGGGCUCCACGCCGCAUUCACAGUCGCACACGAGAUAGGUCACCUUCUCGGGUUGUCCCACGACGACUCCAARUUCUGCGAGGAGCGCUUCGGCGUGAACAGCGACAAGCGGCUCAUGUCGUCCAUUCUCACCUCCAUCGACGCCUCCAAACCCUGGAGCCGCUGCACCUCGGCCACCAUCACCGACUUUUUCGACGACGGCAACGCUGAAUGUCUCCUCGACACUCCUCGCCAGCCCCUCCUGGGUCCAGAGGAGCUCCCCGGCCAGAGCUACGACGCCGUCCGCCAGUGCCGCUUGGCCUUCGGGCCCGAGUACACGGUCUGCCCCGGCAUGGAUGUGUGUGCUCGGCUGUGGUGCGCCGUGAUCCGCCAGGGGCAGAUGGUGUGUCUGACCAAGAAGCUGCCGGCRGUGGAGGGGACGCCCUGCGGGAAGGGUCGAAUCUGCCUGCAGGGAAAGUGCGUGGACAAGACCCGCAAGAAGCAUUACUCGGUGUCCAACCAUGGCAGCUGGAGUUCCUGGGGUUCUUGGGGUUCGUGCUCGAGGACCUGCGGAGGGGGUGUCCAGUUCGCGCAGCGCCUGUGCAACAACCCCGCGCCACGGAACAACGGGCGCUACUGCACAGGGAAAAGAGCCAUCUACCGAUCCUGCAACGUCACUCCGUGCCCCGCAGCAAGUAAGAGUUUCCGCCAGGAGCAGUGCGAAGUCCGCAACGGUCCCCAAACAGAUCCAAAAGGAACAAAGACGUUUGUGGAGUGGCUGCCGAAAUAUGCCGGAGUCUCCCCUAAAGACGUGUGCAAGUUAACCUGCAGAGCGAAAGGGACGGGCUACUAUGUGGUGUUCUCUCAACGGGUAAUCGAUGGGACGGAGUGUCGCCCUCACAGCAGCUCGGUGUGUGUGAAGGGGAAAUGUGUGAGGACGGGCUGUGACGGCAUCAUUGGCUCCCGGCUCCAGUUUGACAAGUGUGGUAUAUGUGGAGGGGACAGCACAGGAUGUGUACGGGUAGCUGGGAACUUCACAAAGAGAAGCAAGGGCUACACCGAUGUAGUGAAGAUCCCCGCAGGCUCCACCCACAUCAAGGUCCGUCAGUACAAGGCCAAAGACCAGACCCGUUUCACCGCCUACCUGGCCCUCCGACGACCCAACGGYGACUACCUCCUAAACGGCAGGUUCAUGAUCUCCACCUCAGAAACGAUCAUCCCGCUCAACGGCUCUUUGCUCAACUACAGCGGCUGGAGCCAGCAUGACGAGGGGCUCCACAGCAUGGGGCCCGGGGCUCUGAAAGAACCUUUGAUGAUCCAGAUUCUAGCAACGGAUGCCAAAAAGCCCCUGGACGUCCGUUACAGCUUCUUUAUGCCGCGGCUGACCGCUCCCCAGCAGCCACUCAUUUCAAAGUUGAUCCCUUCACAGGGCACCACCACAACGGUGUCGUCUUCCACCACCAGAAYCACCACCAGAACCACCACGAUCAGCACCACUACAUCUUCCUCUACCGCCCCCACCGUGGUCCCAGAAACACCUACACCUCCCAGUCCAUCAACCCCAACUCCYGGGCCCAGAUGGGUAACCGGCCCUUGGAUGACGUGCUCCAGGACUUGCGACACAGGCUGGCAGAGCCGGACRGUGCAGUGUAAGGACCAUAACGGCAAACUGUCCAAGGGUUGCGUUCUGGACGCCCGCCCCUCUGCCUUCAGACACUGUCAGGUCAGRAAAUGCUGAAGCAGCGGGCGAGGGUGGGCGAGCUGUUUUAACCUGUAGGUCUGAAAUGAUCCAAAGCGUUGGAUGUAGAACUCGUGAACCAAUGAACUUAAGACAUAAAGUCUUGAACGGGAUUCCAGAACCAGACACAAGGAGAUUCAGAGAUCCUCCAGCACAGAUGUACAGGGUAACGUGCCGGAAGAAUGACCUGGAGUCCUUCUAGCUAUGCAGAACACAAACAGAACAGAGGAUUACUGACUGAAGAUGCAUGUAUUUUCCACACRAACAACUGACUUGUCUUUACUCCAGCCUCCAAAACCCGGAGGAUCAGUAUGUCUCGCCCUAGUGAUGGCAUGCUCGUCUUUUUUACUGCUUCCAUGUGUCGCUGUCGCUCAAUUCACACAUCUUUGUUUGAGACAAGAGCCCCGAACGACGGGAGGCACCUGAUACUCUUCAUGUCCGACGCCACCGCCGCAGUAGCUCUGCUCCAGAGUCAAAGUGCUGUACGGUUAAUCCCAAAGAAUGCUGGAAGAAUGUUGGAAGAUAUGAACUCACUGGAACAUUGUCUGUCUUUAAAAAAAAACAUAAGCUAGACCCAAGUGAGGCCUUUUUUCUAUUAAAAACCGUUAAUGAACGGUCA